AUGGCUACAGAACGGUUCAUAGUACUGUUGGCAUUUGGAUUGGUGGUAAUAGCAGAAGUACAAAGUUCUCCGUUGUUAGAAAACCAUUCCAGUGCCGGUACAGACGUUGAAACGGGAAGACAGCGAGGUCCGUUCCAUUUUGGAGUUUAUCCAUUCGGAUGGGGCUGGGGUAUUGCUGCAUUUGUGAUAGCGAUCGUGAAAGGUGCAUUUUGGCUCGGUAUCAUCAUGAUUUGGGCGUUCUUCAAAGGUUUCCCAGCUAAACAUGGAUGUGCACCGAUUAUACUGCGUGAGUCCGCACCGUACUAUCACGACCAUCAUCACGAUCAUCACGAGGAAAUCAUUUGGGACAAACCACCGCACAGACGUUCGAUCCGGCAAGCGACCCAGCCGGGGGAAGAAUCAGACCUUCUUCUAACCGACAUGAUAACGGAUCUGGCAUUCAGUUUUCUCGGAGUCCAUACGACGGAUUGUCGUAAGCGGUUCGUGUGUGAGGUGGACGUAAGAGCAAAGAGUGAUUAUCUGCUAAAGCUUGGUACGCGUAUGCUUGGCGUGGAUAUCUUCCGGAAGUAUCGAUCAGCGGAUGAUGUUUCGGCCGAAAGUAUCGAACAGUGUGCUGCGCUGUACGGGAAGUGUAAAGCACAAGGGAGUUCAAUUACGAUGAACGUUUUCGACGGUCAAAUGCAAGGGUCGAUCGAUGAUUACGAUGAGGCUGUGGCCGAUCAGGAACAAAAGUGAUAGGGAAACGAAACGAAGGGUUGUUGAAGGAUAUUUAAUAAGAUUUAUUUAUUAUAGGAUUACGAAAUAAACAUGUUUUAAAUUAUAUUUU